AUGGCAGCGAAACCGGCGAGCACCGAGGAGCAAUCCAAGCCGAUCUCCCUCCUGGAGAAAGGCGUGGCGACGGAGGAGGUGCAGAUCAUCAAGAACUACCUCCUGGCGGCACUCAUCAAGCAUGCCUUCAACUUCUUCUCCCUGGCGACUGUUGCUGGUUAUAUCUUCCUCUUUUGGGGGACCCUCAAGUUUUACCCACUAUUUUACGCGGUGCUGUUGAUCCUUCUCAUGACGCCCUAUUUCUGGUUGAUGCUCAAGGCGCUACCCAUUCUCAAGAUAUUCUACACCGAGAAGUAUGCCAUGGUAUCCGUCGAUGCUCAUGAUAUCACCUGCGAUGCGCCGCUUGUUGACAAGAUGUAAAGCCUUGCAUGAAUAAGGUUGUUCUGUCUCAUGGAUGCAUUUCCCAAAUGUCUUGGAACCAGUCUAGUACCUUUUUUUUCUAGUACC